GGUCAGUCGCGGUCAGUUCCACCCCCGCUCUUCUCCUAACCCGAGUCACGUCGCACCGGAAGCGAAUCAGCCUCUUCUCCGUCUCUCUUUCUCUCCCGCCUGUCGAUUCUGUCUCGGACCGCACGGAGAUGGUCCCUCGGAUCGGAAUUGCGUUAACCCAUCACUCCAAUCAGUAAAGUACGAGCGGCCGUACGUCGAUCAUCGUCGAGUAUCGCGUAGCUCUCGCGGGAAGUCUUCGUUUUCUACACGACGUUCCGCGUCUUUUUACUUCUUGAGAUGACAUCGAGAACUCUUCGUCUGAAGUGGACCGUCUAUCUGGCACUCAUUUUGGUGUGCCAGACGGUGCGACUGAUCGAAGGAUAUCCUCGCUCUUCUUCAGAGGUGUCGGAGGAAUCACCGGACGCCGGAAGUUCCUCGUUGCAGGACACGUCGAUUUCAAGAGCGAUCGAAGAGGCGUACGAGCAGCAGGUGUUUCUGCGACCGCAAGAAUGGCCGCAGAAGACCAUUGAUGAAGACAACAAUUGUUGUUCACAAAGGAUAGAACAGAUGCAGAGAGACACUUCGAAAGAGAAGUUUUCGAGCGAUAGGGUGAUUCAAAGAUCAAAAAAAUCACUGCAAGAUUCAAACACUGAUAUGUCGAUGUACAGGAGUUCAGAUAUAUCGCACAGGAACACGGGCACGUCAAUGCACAGGAAUUCUGACGAGAAAAUUAUUUUUCCGGACGGUAGGAUCUUAACGUCGGAAACACCAAUGCUGCCGACGUUGAGCUGUCGCAAAAAUACGUUCUGCGAAAACGUCGCCGACUAUCCCAGGCAACUGGUGAACGCAGCGAUACAGCGGAACGUCAGUUUGAGAUUCCUGGAGAGUGUCGAUACUGUCGAUUCGAUGCCCGACGUCGACGACGUCGAACAGAGGAUAGACACGAUGUCGCGCGAAUCAGUGCUUUGCCCAAUUCGUGAACAAGUAGUAUAUCCGCAAACCGCUCAGAACAAGGAAAAUCAAUGGUUGUUCAUCGUAAAUCAAGAUGAUUUGAAACAAGGAAUACGCAUUGAAGUUUGUUUGAAUGAAGGCCAGAAGUGCAACAUGGUCGAAGGUUUCGCCGAGGGCUACAAGACCUCCUGCAAACAGAAAUACAUCUAUCGAGAAUUGGCAGCGGUGGGAAGUGACGGUAACAUCUUCAAGGAUCAAUUCCGCUUUCCAUCGAGCUGCUGUUGUCACGUGAAAUUUACCGGCGAUCCCACAGCUAGACUGGGACUGAGACUAAAUCUGCCAGUCAAUCAAACACAAUAAAGUAGAUCAAGUGCUUUUUUCACGUCAAUGAAGCUAGGUCGAGCGAGGAGAAAAUAUAAUGGAGUGACUCUUUCCAUUUCAUUCGUGUCUAUGCAGACGUUCGGUACGUCGCACGUUCACAGAUAGGAUGCUCAAAAUGACUCUAUCGUAUCAACUCUGAUGAUAUUACAUCAAGCUUGUUGUCGUUAACUGUAACAGUAAAAUUAUGGGGCGAUAUUUUUUUAUAAUUGCUUGUCAAUUUAAUUUGUGAUAUUACGUACUCCAGUUUCAGUUCAGAACUAUGUUUCAAGGCCGACAAAUAACACUAGUUUAGUUUACAAAUUUUGAAGUUGCUUACUGCAAAAAAGAUCUAACUUUUUUAAACAUAUUUUGGGACGCCGAGUUCGAAUCAGAAAAAUU